UCGUCGACAUGGCGGGCAGAUAGCCUCGAAUUCUUAAGGUUUUUUUAAAUUGCGGAACUACAGGAAACUCUGAAGAACCACCAAAAAUGGGCUUUCUUUGUGUCAGAGAGGGUGAAGAGUCUCUGAUGUGCAAUGGAACUUUAUAUGAUCGUCACGAGGAAGCGCUAAACUACAAGGACGGAUCAUUUUGGGUUUACCUCGGAGUCUACAUUGCCUUGGUGUUGUUUGCAGGCUUGAUGUCUGGACUGACCAUGGGCCUACUAUCACUGGAUAUUUUGAGUUUAAAAGUUCUGCAAAGGGGAGGGAAGCCACAAGAGAAGAAACAUGCUGCUAAAAUUUUGCCAUUGGUAGAAAAACAUCACUUGUUAUUGGUCACUCUCCUGUUGGCAAAUGCUGCUGCAGUGGAGUCUAUGCCAAUUUUUAUGGAUAGGAUCUCCAGUCCUGUUAUUGCCAUCUGUGUUUCAGUUACUGCUGUGCUGUUUUUUGGAGAAGUUGUUCCUCAAGCCCUAUGUACCCGUUAUGGCCUGGCUAUUGGUGCAACACUGGCACCGAUGGUGAAAUUACUAAUGUUGUUACUGUUUGUGAUUGCUUGGCCCAUUUCUAAACUUUUGGACUGUCUUCUGGGACAUGAGCACUCCACUUUCUUCAGACGAGCAGAACUACGGGAACUUGUGGAUCUUCACAGAGAGUCUGCAGAUGCAAAUGAAGAUCCUCUCAGAGAUGAUGAGGUCCUGAUUAUACAGGGAGCAUUGGAAAUGAGGAACAAAACAGUGGCAGAUAGAUACACACCUUUGGAGAAUGUUUUCAUGCUAGAUGCAAAUUGCAAGCUGGAUCAUGACACAAUGACACAGAUUAGUGGAAAAGGCCAUUCACGUGUACCUGUGUAUGAGGGAGACAAAGAAAACAUUGUGGGGCUUCUGUUUGUCAAGUCACUUAUCAUGUUGGACCCUGAUGAGGCCACACCCAUCAAAGAUGUGUACAAAGCUGGAUCUUUUCUAUGUUCAUCUACGACUGAACCUCUGUUUGAUUUACUAGACAAGUUUCAGACUGGAAAAAGUCAUCUUUGCGUCGUUUUCAAAACACAGAUAGACGAAGGCAACAACAUGAAAUCGCGAGUUGUUGGCAUUAUAACUCUGGAGGAUGUGCUUGAGUUGUUGAUACAAGAAGAGAUCUGGGACGAGGCAGACAUAACAUGUACUCGAAAUCCACCUGACGUCAGCAAGAAGGUGUCUUUGGCCAAAGCGAGGUUGAGUAGAAUGAAAUCAGUCGAUGCUGAAAGAUCACGAAGACCGCUCAGUCCUGGUUUCAAACCGCCAGAGGAGGUUCCGGAAAGGACACAAGAUUCAUACAGUGACACUCAACCUCUUUUAGGGGACAGCCGGGCAGAGAAAUCCUGAUUCAUCGCGAUGUGGAGUGGGAGUUUUGUAUUGUACUCGAUCAUUGGUACGUCAUACUAUGGAUUUUGCAUUGGAGUUGACUGCCAUGAUCGAAACAUGAAAUAUAUGUUGUUUGUCAUUAGGCAUGGUAGAAGGGUGAUGAAUCAAUAAAGUUAAUUUCUAUUUA